GAUUUAGCCAGCGAAAGAACCCUUUUUCAAGUUUUAAGCAAAGAAGGAGGCGGGACUAAAAUAAAGAUAGAAAAAUACUUAGAUUGUCUCGGACAAAAUUUCCUGUUUGACAAAAAUCAUCUUCAUAAAAUAGUUGCCUGUUGUCCUGUCGACGAUAAAAUAAUAAUAAUCGAAAUUGGCAGUGGUUAUGGCAAUUUAACUAAUCUGUUAGCCAAAACUGACUGCCAAAAAGUAAUAGGUAUUGAAAAAGAUUCUCAAUUAUUUCAGUGGUUAAUAGAAAAUAACAAAAACGAGAAAAUUAUCUAUCACCAUCAGGAUGCCUUAAAGAUUAAUUGA